CAGCCGAGCCGCAGAUCGCUGGCUGGCUAGCUACUGGUAGAGAAGGCGAGGAAGGGGAGAAGACGAAGCGAAGCGAAGCCGAAGCAACGUCGGUCGGAGAGGAGAGGAGAGGAGAGAGUGGCUAGCUAGAGAGAGAAACGCCUCUCGCGCGCGUACGUCACGUGAGAGCCCGAGAGAGGGAGGCAGGGAGCUCUCCGUGCGAUCCGAGGUGCUGCCUUCUUGUACAGGCGCGGCUUCUUCCGGUGGACGACGACCGACGACGACGAAGGCGGGGCUAUAGCUGAGGAGAAUUGGGCGGCGCGCGGGCAGCUGGCGUCCAUGGCGAGGCGGCGCGGCGAUUGACGGGCGACGAUUAUGGGCAUCCAAGGGAACAAGGCGGCGACGCACGAGCACGACUUCCUCUCGCUGUACACCGCCGCCACAGCUAGUAAGGACGCUCCUCUCCAGCUCCACGACUCCAUGCCACAUCCUCCCUCUCAAGGUGGUAAUUUCUUCCUGAAGACGCACAACUUCCUGCAGCCUCUGGAGAAGCCGGGAGCGCCGCCUUUGCUGCCCGCCGCCGCCUCCGGCGCCGAAAGCAGGCAUCGCCACCCGCAGGUGCCCGCCGCCGCCGCCACCUCCAAGCAGCACGCGCUGCCCCUGCCCGGCGGCGUCGGCACGUUCAGCAUCUGCCCCGCACCCGUCUCGGUCGCGCCACCGGCGACCGCCGCCGUCGUCAAGGCGGAGCCGCCGCUCGUGCUCUGGGGCCAGCCCGCGGCGGCGCUCCACCAGCCGGCCGCGCGAGGGCACCAGCAGCAGUGGGCGCUCCCCUUCGCCGGCGCCGGGCAGCCCAGGCCGCCCCCGCCGCCGCAGGAUAGGAAGGGGCGCGGCGGAAGAGCCGCGGUCAUGGAGUCCGGCUCCAGAUCCAGCGGCGGCGCGGGGUUCGACGACGACGACGGCCUCGCCGCGCGCCGCGAGGUCUCCUCCUCGCUCCAAGAGUUGACAGUAAGGGUGGACAGGAAGGGUGGAAGCUGCAGCGAUGGUGGUACAGAUCAGCGGCCAAACACACCACGGUCAAAACACUCAGCCACAGAGCAGCGCCGACGCAGCAAAAUCAAUGAUAGGUUUCAGAUACUUAGGGAGCUGUUGCCACACAAUGAUCAAAAGAGAGAUAAAGCAACAUUUCUCUUGGAGGUUAUUGAAUACAUACGGUUUUUGCAAGAGAAAGUACAAAAGUACGAGGCUACAUUCCCAGAAUGGAACCAAGAAAAUGCAAAGAUGCUUCCAUGGUCAAAUAUGUAUUUUCGAUCAUUCUGGAAAAAUUCGCAGAGUAAAGGACAAAUCCCAGGAGAUUCCCUGCCUGACCCUUCACAUUUCAUGAGAAAUGGAUCCUCACCUGGAUCUAAUUUCACUGGGAAGCUCGAUGAUAAUCACAACAUGGUGACAUCUGCUGCAUCAGGGGCACAGAAUCAGACUGAAAAUGAUCACAUGGCUAGCGUGUGCUACAGAUCAGCUGAAACUCCGGCAAUUAUUACAAAUAAUGCUUUAUCUCAGUCCCAACCCCAAUGGACAGAUCCGUCCCCUGUGGAUGAUUGUGCAGUGAACAGUCAAAUGCUUAACAACCAGCAGUUGGCAAUCGAUGAAGGAACAAUCAGUGUAUCCAGUCAAUAUUCCCAAGAGUUACUUAAUUCGUUGACUCAUGCCCUUCAAAGCUCAGGUGUGGAUUUGUCCCAAUCCAGCAUCUCUGUGCAAAUCAACCUGGGCAAGCGAGCAGUCAAGAGACCUGCUGCUGGUUUACCCUCCAAGGAACCAACGGACCCAGCAUCUAGCGACGAAAUAGGUCAGCAGCUGGCAAUGUUGGGUGGCGGCGCUGAAGACCUCUCUCAUGCAGCAAAGCGGCAUAAACCGGGCAACAGCUGAUGAUGGUCCCUGCCUCGCUCCCGGACCCGAUUGAUCAUUCUUUCCUUCCCAGCCAACCAGCCAACGGGAGGCUCUUUUGGAUUGGUUGUACAUUUGUGCUAGCUGUGAAAGGCUCCGUGAUGAAGGAGGCCCCCGCUGCAUUCGUUCAUUUGAUCGCUCCCGCCGUCCUCUUUAGUCCAUUGUUCACUUAGAAAAAAAACAAAAAACCCUGGAGCUUCCAUCGCGGAUUGUGAAGCCGCUCUUGUACACAGGCUUCCAUUCAUAUGAGAAGCUUCCCCACCCUGACAAACCUUAUGCUGUAGGCUUGUAGUAAACCUGUAAUAUAUCUCCAACAACUGUACCGGACUGCCUGUUAGUCAAGUUGCUCGUUCUCUUGGGAGUA